GAGGAAUAGUGGUAUUGAAUGGAGGGGUGAUCUCUCGCUCACUCGUAUACCUCACUCUCGUAUGCACUCUUGUAUACCACUCCAUACCUCAUACCUGUUUGAACAGUGAAAUGUUGCCAUAGGAAACACCUAAGUCUCAGGUAUUUAGACCAACAACUGCCGAGGGAUCGCCAUUUUGGCUCGUUUAUGAUAGUGUCAUGUUUUACUCAUCAAUACCUCAUCACAAUUCAAACAAUAUUUAUAACAAUUAUAAAUUAACUUUUCUUAAUCGCUGGUGAUGUGAGCGCUAAUAAAUUUGUUACUUUUUGACACCACUUAAUAGCCUUAAUCACAAGCACCUGUACGACACAAGCAUAAGCAAUGGCUUCAUCGCCACCACAUCAGGCGCCCACCUACUCGGUCGAGCAUUUGGCCACUUUCUCGACCGCAUCCCCACAACAACAACAGACAACCCCUCGCAUGGCUUUACACCGACUCUUCGCUAUGGAAAAGACUUCAGGAAAUAAUAUGUGGAUAUUGGACGGCGAGUCCAAUGAUGUGGUCGAGCGGUUCCCGGUCACUCUUAUCCAACAGCCCACUGCCUUCAAUGAUCACAACCAUAUUUAUAACAAUAUCCUUAUAUUCACUGUACAGUUACCUAAUGAAAGUCAAGGCGAAUUGCAUAUAUUUCAAUGUGUUUCACACAAUGCCAUAAGUAUUGUCGAAGACAUCCAACAAUGGAUGAGACACUUCGGCGUCAAUAUGCAUACCGAGCCCAGCAUUACUAUUGUCGAAGACAUCCAACAAUGGAUGAGACACUUCGGCGUCAAUAUGCAUACCGAGCCCAGCAUUACGUCGGCUCAGCCUAACGUCAACGUUAAGGAGACCGUCAGUGUUUUCAAUCAAAUUGCAGCCCAACGUGAAAAAAAAGGGUCGUCACCAACGGACCCACCAGUAGGUCAUGGGGGUCAGCCACGGGCUCAGACUCAUGAUCUCGAUUCCCGUUCUAUCACUACUACGAGCUCUAUUGAUUCGAGCCAUCAUAACGGUGCCCAUAGGACUAAUAGCCACGACCAGUCGCUAUCUAAUGAGCGAUACGUUUCAAUACUAAACCACUGUUUCGAUGACAUCGAAAGAUUUAUAAUCCGUUUACAACACGCGGCCGCAGCCCUCAGGGAACUACAGCUUAGGAAUCAUAGGAGACAAGGUAAAGGUGCGGCACAUGCCGGUGACGGACUGCUGGCUAUCCGAGCGCGUGGUCCUAAUGAAGAAGAAUUCUUUGAGAUUUUAAGUAAAUUCAAACUCGCAUUCAAUUUAUUAGCAAAACUUAAAGGUUGCAUACACGACCCCAACGCACCAGAACUCGUCCACUUUCUGUUCACUCCGUUGGCCAUUAUUAUUGAAGCCGCCAGAAAGCCACCGAUAGACCCGUCCAUUGUUGGAGUGCCUUACCUUAAUCACGAGGCUAUAGAUUUGUUGGCCAACUGCUGCACCAGCAAAGAGUUUGAUUUGUGGCAAUCAUUAGGACCUAAUUGGGUGCAACCCAUCAAACACAACACAAGACUUAAUUCCUCGUACCAACCGGUGUUCACUGAUGGCUGGGCUCCUAAUAUAACAGAACCUGAAUUGAUAGGCAUAGCAUCGGAGUCGGAACAGGAGGACGACUCCAUUCACAUCCAUCGCGAAGAAGCCAUUAUUCGCAACCGAAGAGAUGUCAACUCACGGGAAUACCAAAGGGGUCCGCAAUUCGAUGACAGCGACAUCGAUGACAACCAUAUGGAUGGCCGGCAUAUUCAGCACAGAAUAUCUCCGUCGACAUCGUCUCACGCGACUCGUGUGGUUCGGGGCAAUACUCCGCCCUCUCCUAUCGACUCCAUAGAACGGGAUUCGCCUACAGUUCAGGUCAACGAAUUAGAUCAGUCGGAAUGGUUGACCGAACUCCACAACAGGAACGCCAAAAUAGUUCGGGUGCUCUUCCCCCGCACCGCCAACAACGACAAAGAACUCACUGUCAUUCGCGGAGAAAUACUAGAAAUAUUAGACGACUCGCGCAAGUGGUGGAAAGCGCGCAACUGGAGGGGUCAGGUGGCGCACGUGCCCCACACGAUCGUGUCCGAGAUGGGGCCCACCACUAACGGGAAGGACGGGCACGGAAUGGGCAGUUCGUCGCCGUCGGACGACUGGGUGCGUCGGGAGAGAACAGCAAAGGACAGUCGAUCUAAUCACGUAACAGACGGCCAUAAACUUAGGCGCAAUGGCGAAGAGGACAGACCGCUAUAUACCGUUCCUAUUAAACAGAAUUCUAGUCAAAAUCAAGGGAGGUCACAAGAGUUUGAUCCGCAAAUUGAGUCACAACUUAAGAACAAACACGAACUCAACAAACAGUUGAACGAGUCGUUCAAAAAUAUAUCCAUCAAUAAAGAGUAUUUGCAAAAACCAUUGAAACGAGUGGAGUCUAACUUAGAGUCGGACACCGUUAGCAUUCAGAGUCAGAUGAGCUUUCAGGACGAGUUGUCCGCUACCAUCAAAAGCAGGAAAAGUGUGGCCAAAACUUCUGUCAUUAAGUCAGAUGAGAAUAAAGUUAAGGAAAUGAACGGUGAGACUAAAAGUGAGGAUAAGAAAAAAGAUGAUAAAAAUAAAGAGUUAAAUCUGGCGAUGAUGGUCGAGCACUUACACCGCAAAAACUUUCACCCCAGACUUAUCUCCAAACUGACUGAUUUCGCAAAGACAUUGCCCGAUCCCGUCAAAUAUUUCAUGUCUGUCACUAAACAACAGUUAAGAACAUUGCCCGAUCCCGUCAAAUAUUUCAUGUCUGUCACUAAACAACAGUUAAGACACUCUUACGCUCCAAUGGAUGACGAGUUAAACAAUAAACUGCAGAAAAGGAGAACUUUGUACGACCCGGCUGUUAAAGAGUGAUGAUUACUGUAUCACUAAACUGAAUUAGGACAAUUUUAUAUAUCUAACUUAAUAAUACAAGCAUUUAAUUUAAGCAAAUAUCUAUAUUAAAGCAAUACAGUAUUAUUAAAUAUAUUUACAAUUUGGAUUGUAUUUUUCAUAAAUUUUCUAAAAAUUUCCAAACUUUGUUAAUAUUUAUAACUUAUUAAUUAUUUAUAAGACAAAAAGACGAAAAUAAAUUUCAUAAAUUAUUAUUAUAUUUAAA